UUGGCCUUCAGAUCAAGGCUGAAGCCUCUAAUUAUUAGGACAACCUUCCCCGACCUCUUUGACUAAGUUACUUAUCAUUACACUUCUACAUUCGUUGACAUGACUACUUGAUUAAUAUGCUUUCUUCAGGAGACAGGUAGUUCCACGAAGAACAGACUGCCUCUUCGUCUGUUUGCGGAGCUCCUGCCACCACACCUCCAAAGCUCAGCUAAGGAAGUAGGUCUGGCAAAGAACCAGAGGGUGAGACCAUGCCGGCCUACGCGGGCGCUUCCGGAAGGGGCACGUCUCACCGUAGUCGCGCGUCGUAAGACGUCAUUUCCGCCCCGAAGACACUUCCUGAGAAACACAAAUUCCUGUCACUUUUGAGAGCAUCUCCUACCUGAAAAUGGCCUUGCCGCCCUUCUUCGUCCCGGGUCGCCCGGGCCCACCGCCCCCACAGCCGCCGCCUCCUGCUCCCUUCGGCUGCCCGCCACCGCCGUUGCCCUCCCCGGCUUUCCCGCCGCCUCUUCCCCAGCGGCCCGGCCCUUUUCCGGGGGCCUCUGCCCCUUUCCUCCAGCCUCCGCUACCUCUGCAGCCCCGGGUCCCCGCGGAAGCCUCCCGCGGCGGUGGCGGCGGCGGCUUCUACCCACUGCCGCCACCGCCGCUGCCUCCGCCGCCGCCCCAGUGCCGGCCCUUCCCAGGAACCGACGCCGGCGAGCGUCCGCGGCCACCGCCUCCAGCCUCGGGGCCGCCCUGGAGUCCACGUUGGACUGAGGCGACACCGCCGGCCGAUGCGCUUGGGGACACGGCCCUGCAGCGCCUGCGCGACCGGCAGUGGCUGGAGGCGGUGUUCGGGACCCCCAGGCGGGCGGGCUGCCCGGUGCCCCAGCGCACGCCUCCUGGGCCCAGCCUAGGCGAAGUGCGCACGCGGUUGCGCGGGGCUCUGCGCCUGGUGCGGCGGCUACGCGGCCUGGGUCAGGCACUGCGUGAGGCCGAGGCCGACGGCGCGGCCUGGGCCCUGCUGCACGCUCAGGCCGCGCCGCUGCGCGCCGAGCUGGCCGAGCGCCUACAACCGCUGUCCCAGGCUGCCUAUGUGGGCGAGGCACGGCGGAGGCUGGAGAGGGUCCGGCGCCGCCGGCUGCGGCUUCGCGAGAGGGCCCGAGAACGCGAGGCCGAGCGGGAGGCGGAGGCCGCGCGGGCAGUGGAACGCGAGCAAGAGAUUGACCGCUGGAGGGUCAAGUGCGUGCAGGAGGUGGAGGAGAAGAAGCGGGAGCAGGAACUCAAAGCUGCUGCCGAUGGUGUCUUAUCUGAAGUAAGGAAAAAACAAGCAGACACUAAAAGAAUGGUGGACAUUCUUCGAGCUUUGGAGAAAUUGAGAAAACUGAGGAAAGAGGCUGCAGCAAGAAAAGGGGUCUGUCCUCCAGCCUCAGCAGAUGAGACCUUUGAGCACCAUCUUCAACGACUGAGAAAACUCAUUAAAAAACGCUCUGAAUUGUAUGAAGCGGAAGAGAGAGCCCUCAGAGUUAUGUUGGAAGGAGAACAAGAGGAAGAAAGGAAAAGAGAACUGGAAAAAAAACAGAGGAAAGAAAAAGAGAAAAUGUUACUUCAGCAACGUGAAAUUGAGUCCAAACUAUUUGGGGAUCCAGAUGAGUUUCCACUUGCUCACCUGUUGCAGCCUUUCCGACAGUAUUAUCUCCAGGCAGAGCACUCCCUGCCAGCCCUCAUCCAGAUAAGGCAUGAUUGGGAUCAGUACCUGGUGCCAUCUGAUCAUCCUAAAGGCAACUCCGUUCCCCAAGGAUGGGUCCUUCCUCCGCUCCCCAGCAACGACAUCUGGGCAACUGCCAUUAAGCUGCAUUAGGAAAGAUUCUCCAGGAGUGUGGUCCAGCGAGUGCACUUUCCAGCUCUAAAUAAUGAUGCUGCUUUCUCAUGCUGCAAACUAAAACACAGCCUCUAAACUCAUUUGGCAUUGCUCUAACCUGAAGUUAGGCUUUCUUCUGUUCUCUGUCCUGGCCAGAGGUACCUCUUGAAUCAGGAGAUUAAUAUGGUUCUUCAGGAAAGGACCUAGGUGAACUGAGGGUAUUCCCACAGGCAGUGGCCUUGGUUCACUAAGUUUGCCUCUGUUUUGAGGGGCUUGGUCCAGGGUGACUUGUUAAUUUGCUGUAGCUUCCUUGUAUGUUGAUGGGUAAGUACACUCAAUACACCCACUUAUUCCAUACAGGUGGAUGUAGGUAGAUUUAGUAGCCCCUCCACCAAUGUUGCUUAUGAAGGCAAGCUUCAUGCAAAACCUCCUUAACUUUCCUACCUGAAGAUCCCUCUGACUCUUAGGAGUAAAGUUCAAAAAUUUGACCUUCAGUUUUGUUAAUCUCAGUUUUGGUGCAGUGUGAGAAGCUGCUAGUUAGGAUGAUGGCAAUGGCUGCAAGCUGGGUGCCAGAAAAGAUGACCAUCUAGUUUUAGUCCUGUGGAGAACUUAGAAAACCUGAAGAGUACCUGUACCUAGAUUGGAUCAUGUUUUAAUAGGAAGUGGCUGUAUUUUCCUCAUGUCCACCAUCCUAAUGAAAGCUCUUGUUUUUGAAGUUCCUUGGGGUCUAGUUGUUCAAAAUCUUCAGGGAUGGAAAUUAUUUCCUAACGGAACUGGGACGUUAAUGUCAAUCAGUCACAUAGUAGGAGCUGCUAUAGCUGUGGAAUUUUCUUAGGCGCUCAAGCUUCUGAAAACAUCCAGGUAGUCACAGUUGGGGAAGAAGAAAAUAAGUGAUAAAAUUUAUUUUUAUAUUCAUUAAUUAAUGUUGUGCUCGGAGAUGAUCAAUCAUAUAACAUGUCAGGUGUUUUUGUUUUGUUUGGGGUUUUGCCAAUUAUUUUGUUAUUUAAUUUCAAAAAUUUAAAUAAAUAUCAUUUUUAUUAUUUACUUUGAGCCUUUGCCCCCAAUUUGUUGCCUCUCAAGUCAUUUAACACAUUUCACCUUCACAUUGCUAAAACAUUUUCAUUCCAAAAUUAAAAUUCCUUAAACAGGCAUUAGCUACAGGAAAAUGGAUCUUAAACACAAAACUUUGCCUUCAAAAUCCAACUCUGGAUAAGUGAGAAAAGGACACCGUGAACUUUGGAAAUGAUACAUAGUUGGAAGACUUGGGUGCAAGAUACGAAAUGCCUUGUCCCUUUUCUGUUGUUUAAUUUGCAUUGCUUGAUUUAUGCAUUAUGCCUUACAGAAUUAACAGACAGGGAAUGAGGGCACA